UGUUUGCUAUUUAUGCCUAAUUUUUGGCAUGUGGUAAAUUUAAGCAAAAGUAGUAUGCCUCUCACCACUAUUAGUCAAAUUAAAUGUGCAUGUCUGGGCGAAAGUUGUAAAAGCAGGCAAUGAAAUAGACGGACAAAGUAGGCUAUUCGAAAUUGUGUGGAGUGAAGAAUAGGAAUAUGUAGGAUUUGUUAUUCACCAGUUUGUAGCAGCUAAAGGGGUGUCAUUUCAUUCAUCACUUAAGCUAUUCCGCACUUGGGGAUAAUGUAUGGAGUGAAAAAAAUAAAGGCCACAUCACACAAGUUAAUACCAUGAAUUGAUUUCCUCACAUCCUUAGCUGUACCUUUUUGAUCUGAGUACUAUCCCCUGGAAUUCAAAAAUUCUGACCUUGCACAACCUUUCAGAGUGCAUGCUAAAUUGUUUAAUAAAUAGAUCUGUGAAGUAACCAAGCAGGAUACAUGUGAAUCACGGACCACUAUUAAAGAACAGUAGCCUAGCAGAAGUCUAUAUUUUUUUAAUGUGAAAAUAAAUUCACCUCUGUGUGGAUAUUUCACUAGAAUCAACCAGCUGUUCAGUGUAGUUUACACAUGUACCAUACUGAUGUGCUCAGUCUUACAAAGUUGAAAUGGGCUCAGGUAAACUGCAUCAGUGUGUCACCUCUGUAGAGACCCACCCUUCGGGCUUCACUGUCCUCCCAGAUCUCUCUUGUGAAUUAACAGGUUACAUAGGGCAAUUCCUUUGAACAUUCUGUCUAUGCACCACAAGCACUAAUCAUUUAUUACCUUGUCAUAAGAAUUUGUUAUGGCAUGUUCUGUAUUUGAACCUCCAUUUAAACAGGGAAACCUACAGGAUUGUACAAAGAUUGAUGAACUCCCAGAAGGAGCUGUCAAGCCACCUGCAAAUAAAUAUCCCAUCUUCUUCUUCGGAACCCAUGAAACUGCAUUCCUUGGCCCGAAAGACCUUCUGCCAUACAAGGAGUACAAGGACAAAUUUGGAAAGUCAAACAAGAGGAAAGGAUUCAAUGAGGGUCUUUGGGAGAUUGAGAAUAACCCUGGUGUCAAGUUCACCGGCUAUCAGGCCAUCCAGCAGCAGAGCUCCUCAGAAACGGAGGGAGAAGGGGGGAAUGCUGCCGACGCCAGCAGCGAGGGAGAGGAGGGGGACUCCAUAGAGGAGGACGGCAAAGGAGACAAAGUCGGCUCCAAGCGGAAAAAGACAGCCUCCUCCAAGAAGUCGUCCAAGCUGUCAAGGAAGUCCUCUGGGGAGGAGGACCUGGACAAGGACGGCAAAGAGGAGGACCACAAGAGCGGGUCUGAGGCAGGAGACCCAGACAACGUCAUCCAGAACACCUCAGACGGCAAGACGUGCAGUCAAGGGAACCAGUUGCUCAGAGAAGAACAUUAAAAGUCAAGGCGGUCCCAUCAGGGAGGUCACUCAUCGUGCUUGUUUUGUGAUUAUGGAGUUGUGAAAUUCUCAUUGAUCUUCAACACCAGGAACCCCCACAAAGCUAGUAUGGAAAUCACAUUUUAAGUGAUUGGUGCAUUUAUACCAUCUUCUCGACCACAGUGCAACUAUACUAUAUCAUGGGGUGUAAAUUCAGUCCAGUAGGGUAUGCAUAAAAAAUUAGUCAGCCUGUACACAAACUCAACCUUGAUACACUUCAAAAAUAACCCUUUUUUUAAAAAAAAUCUAUAGCGAAAGGUAACAGUAGUCAUACAUUGAUAUUAGCACUGUUUCAUAUCUUAAGCUCUCCAGUUCAAUGCACCAGUUUUAGCAUAAUACCAGAUUACUUUCCAUGAUUAAGUUUGCAAAGACUUCUUGAUAGCUGCUCUCUCUCGCUCCUCACAAAACAACAGACCAUUCAGUGUGUCGCUCAUAGUCGUACAUGUUGUAGCUCAAGAUCGCUUUCUUAAACAAAAGGAAAAGGCUGAUGGACUACCUUCUGGAAUAUUUGUCUGUAAAAAGCAUUACCCAUACCGCUAUAUGUUACUCUUUUAUGUAACCGAAAAAAAAAAUGUAUUGAAAAAAGUAGAUUAAAUGUAUGAAGUAUUGUGCACAAAACUGGGUUACACAUUGUAACUCACUAUUAUCUCUAUAUAUUUUAUUUUGCUGUAGAAACUAGGACCACUAUCCAACCGAAAUGCUCUCUAGGUAACUGCUCAUCUUUUUUAUGGCUAAGUGAAAUCUUCGUUUCUGUGUGUCUGUGGAAUGGAUUAUGUUGUUACGCUUUUUAGUGGCAUGCUCAACUGUCGUAUACAUCAUAAGAUGGAGAUAGUCUUGGUUGUUCUGGUUUUUGAAGGUUUCCAAUUACUUGCAGUUUUACAUUUGCACUUACUAAGAAUGGCAUAAAAAAGACUUCCAACCCCCACCAAUGAGAACAAAGCACUUCUCUACUUUAAAAUGUCCAGUCGUUGUGCUUACAACAUUGAUAGUACAUUACAUUCAGCACAUGCUUAUGUGUAAAGCAAUUUACAGAACAGUAAAGGUAUACAUCUACCAUCAUGUCUUGUUCUCCUUGAGAAUUUAACCCGUGUCCUUUGCAUUUCCACUGUCAUGCUCUGCCAGUUACAUUACAGGAGCACACUGAACUGUAUGUUUCAUUGUUGGCUCUGGGUAAACCUUAAUAUUCUUUUGAGAUUUGUUUUUCUUUUUAAAAUGAACAUAACCCCCAUUAAAGGAUUACCUGUUUUGCUUCCCUCUUUGUUUUAUAUAAAGAAUAUAUUCUAUUUAUUUUUUUGAUGAGUAAACUGAAGAAAUCUGUGGUAAAUGUAGUCCCAUCAUUUUUUGUUUAUUCCGUCACCUUUUGACCUCUGUUAUGCUUGUAAUUGGAACAAGUUUUACAUUUUCAAUAUUUGUAGUUCAAUGUAAACUGUUUUUUGCUGUUUAUUGACAAGAAUUUUACAGAAUAAACUCAUUGGAAUGCAAA